UUGCCUAAAGAAAUAUAUCAUUCGAAGUAAAGAAGUUAAGAGAGCAGCCUUAAAGCCUUUUACUUUGUUAUAAGGCAAGAAGGAAUCCAUUAUUUGUGGGUUAUUUCCUUGCAGCUUCUUAGGGAGCUUACUUCAAAUAUUCUUGUUAUAAAUUCACUUUCACAUUCCCCACAAACCUGCCUGUGUUCUGUUGCCCUCUCCUCUGUCAUCUACCUGAUUUUUUCCUUUACAUACUGCUUCUCUAGAACUCUUUGGGUUUUGUUUUUUAUUCUAUAAAGCUCAUAAACCCUGUGUUGAAGCUCUUGAUUUCAUCUUUUCCAAAAGGGUUUACUUCAAAGGGAUUCUAAAAUACAAAAUGGGAGUUGGAGGCACUUUAGAGUAUUUUUCUGAUUUGAUGAGCAGUGGCCAUAAACACAAGAAGAAGAAGCAAUUGCAAACUGUGGAGCUAAAGGUCAGGAUGGACUGUGAUGGCUGUGAGCUUAAGGUCAAGAAAGCCCUCUCUUCAUUAAGUGGAGUUAAAUCAGUGGACAUAAACAGGAAACAACAGAAAGUGACUGUAACUGGGUUUGUUGAAGCAAACAAGGUGCUGAAGAAAGCCAAGUCAACAGGGAAAAGGUCAGAGAUUUGGCCCUAUGUUCCUUACAACCUAGUGGCUCAGCCUUACACUGCUCAAGCUUAUGACAAGAAGGCACCUCCUGGUUUUGUCAGGAGAGUAGAGAACACUGUCACCAGUGGCACUGUGACAAGAUAUGAGGACCCUUACACCACCAUGUUCAGUGAUGACAACCCCAAUGCCUGCUCUAUUAUGUAGCCGGAGAAAUAAUACCAGACAAUCUAUCUCGUCCACUUAUCCUCUUAUUAGUCUGAAGUAGAAAUCAUUGUAAAGUUCCAAUUUAGGGGUUUAACUAUUUAAUUUUUGUUUUGGGAUUUUCUUUUUACGUAAUAAGUGAUGAGAAAAUUUGUGACUUGUGAGCUAAUCCAUGUUUUCUUCUGUGGGGGUCCAGGAUCCCAUCAGUACUAUUCUGUAGUUUUGCAAUCACAGAGUGGUUUUUGUGGGCCUUGAAAUGUAAUGUGGUUAUUGGUAUUUAUUGAAUAUAGGCUAUAUAGUGUGGGUUGUUAUGAGCAACCUAUUAUUAGAGCUUCA